UUCAGUACUUGUGUUAGGAUCAAAUUAAUUUGACUUUAUAUUAUGAAGUUUCAUAUGCUGGAUUAAACUACUCCUUAACAAACAAAAUUUCAUAGCUCGAGCUUGAACACUAAUCUCUAAUUAAAUAUUAACAUUCUAGUUUUCAAAUUCUCUAAUUAAGUAGAAAUGAAUUCUUAGCACUUUAUCACAACUAUUGUUGGUCUGAAAAUUAAGUACUUAUUUGACUUCGAAACCUCUGCAUUGAACAGUUUGUAUAAAUUUGAUACUUACAAAACAUCUUAGUAUAAAUCUACUAUUCUGUUUUUUGUUUUUUAAUUUUAAUUUCUCUUUCAAGAAUCUCUUUGAAGUCUAUGGCUUCAGCUUCUCCUUCUCAAGGUAGUCUCUUACUUCAGAAACAACUCAAAGAUCUCUGUAAAAAACCAGUUGAUGGAUUUUCAGCUGGUUUGGUUGAUGAAAGCAACUUAUUCGAAUGGAGUGUCACCAUUAUUGGACCCCCGGAAACUUUAUAUGACGGGGGUUUCUUUAAUGCUAUCAUGAGCUUUCCUCAAAAUUAUCCCAACAGUCCGCCAACUGUUAGAUUUACCUCGGAGGUGUGGCAUCCUAAUGUUUACUCUGAUGGAAAGGUUUGCAUCUCGAUUCUUCACCCGCCUGGUGAUGAUCCGAAUGGGUAUGAGCUUGCUAGUGAGCGUUGGUCUCCCGUCCAUACGGUGGAGAGCAUAAUGUUAAGCAUCAUAUCAAUGCUUUCAAGUCCUAAUGAUGAGUCUCCUGCUAAUGUCGAAGCAGCUAAGGAAUGGAGAGACAAUAGAGAUGAAUUCAAGAAAAAGGUUAGUCGUUGUGUAAGAAGGUCCCAAGAAUGGACGUAAAGACGCGAAUGCCAAAAACAGACUUCUUUCGUCAUCAGCUGUUGAUCGAUACAAAUGUAGAAUUUCUGUCAAGGUCAUACUUCUGUAUUAUUACGCCCUUUGUUUUGUGUUCAGUCAUUGUUUACAUUUUUGUUAAACUUACUUAUGAGGUUCUUGGUAUUAAGUGAGAUUUAUUUGAUUACAGUAAAGGUGUGACUGCUGGACAUUAUGAUCUCUCUGGCCUCUCUGUAUUUUCUUGUUAGCCUACUAUGAUAACUGCACAAUGUACAAUUCUUGAACAUGAGCUGAUUUUUACAACAA